UAUCAUCUAGGUGGCGGUAGCGUAGCUUAGCUGUUAGUCUACCGCGUUAGCCCACACUAAUGGGGCCACGGUAGCUUUGACGUAUCUCUGGACAGCGACUCGCCUUGACCUUUUCUGUCCCACCUCCAAAAGAUGUUUCUUACUUCCGUUUGGAGAGGGAACAUGCCCUGAGGAGAGGACUUCAGGUGGCUGAAGCUUUACCAGUUCAAUCUCAAGCAGCUGUGAUGCAGAGAGAGCUGGAAAGCUGUUUGACUCUAGAGUACACACCUGACAGCCUGCCUCCUCUCCUGCACCAGUUUUUUACAGACAGAUCAUAUCACUUGGCUCAGAUCAAAUAUCUGCUCAUGCUGAGAUGGAGGAGAUUUUGCCGCCACACCAGCGUCAUUGAGAGGCUUUAUUCUCACUAUAAGGACCAGGUGUUAUACUUGACCAGUGAGUACGAGGACACCGUUGAGAGAGCUCGCAGACUGUCUGUGAGCAGAGAGAUGAUGCUCACCGGCCAAAGAAACCCUGCCAACCUGCUCACUCACGACGAUGUGGUCAUCUACCUCCGGUGGCUCGUCUGCCAUCUGCACUCAGUUCAAACCAUUCACAACUUCCUCAGGGUGCUUCACUAUAUACCAUCUUGUGAAAGGAGAAAUGAAGAAUUUCAGCCUACAGUCAUGAAGGAGGAGGAGACUUCACACCAAACUCAACAUGCUGACGGAGUUUCAGGACUGGCUGCUGCUGUUCCCCUGCACACUGUUCACUUGGAGGAGUUUCUAGCUGAGCUGCAGUCAUUGAUCACCUACUUCCACUUGUCCUAUGAUGUUGGAAAACUCAGGACCACUGCGGAUGAGAUGGAGUUGUUCAGUAUGUUGCUACUGUCUGAUCAGGUCUGGAGGGAGUUCAGAACAAUCUUCAGACACCAAGAGCAGAUGGGAACAUUUCCUCAGUACAACAGUUCCGAGGUGAAAGAGAGGCAGUGGGGCAGGCAAAGUGCGAGCAUGGCUCUGAAGCAGGAGGCCAACUGGAUCCCCUUCAUUCAGGUGAAACCCAGGCGGGACCCAUGGCAGCAGAAGCUCGUCAUGAAGCUAAAAGAAAAGAAAUCUGUAGAUGAACUGCUGAAGAUGCACUCCAGAUUUCUUCAGGUCCCUGAUCUGUUCCGUGUUGCUGGAGCUCUUAAAGAACAUGUCGCUCAUGUUGGCGUCUUGCAGCCUACACCAAGCUCACCUGUCUCACACAGUAGUAAGACAAAACGAUGCAACAUCUCAGAGAUAUGGAUGAGGAUUUAUAAUGCUGCAAGCUUAACUCAGGAAACACGCGAUCAGUCGUCCACUUCCAGAGACAGAGCAGGGCAUGAUAUAAGGAGUCAAACUUCAAGUGCAGCAAAUGAAAGAAAUCACAGCUACUCUUUUGAGGACAGUCUGCAUCUUCUGGGUCUGGAUGACAGUUUGGAGGAACCUGGAAUCAUAAACCGAGGCGCUUACCUGUCCCUGAUUUACCUGCGUCAUCUCAAACUCAGACAGCUCCAGAGAAUUUCUCUCGGUUUGUUAAACUACCUGCGCUCUCUGGAGAGGACUUUGACCUUUGACCUGGCAGGUCUACAGCUGCAGGAACGAAAGCUGUGCAGCACCGCAGAGGAAACCGGCUGGAUGAAUGCAGCUAGAGGAGAACGAGGGGAGGCAGGAGGUCUUGGCUCGCUGCAGUACAGUCACAACACUCCUGUUGACUACAGAGUCCACUGCUCUGAGUUCAUGGAGUUUGCAGAGGUGGAGAAUCUCCAUGAUUUCUACAGCUCUGAGGAGCAGUUUGUCCACACUCAGGACCAGAGAGGGUUUUACAUCAUGUAUGAUGCUGCACUGAAGGACCUGGAGGAGCUGAAGAGUGAACUCCUUCUAGUUGGCUCGCAUUUCAUCCGGAGUCACAGGAUUAAGAAAAUGGGAAAAGCUGAGAGUGUCUCCACUGUGACCCCGAAAGCAGACAUCCACUCCUUGGCCGGGACAGAUGUCGACCAUGUCGCGGUGCUUCUCGACUUGUGGACGUGUGAGACUGAGUUUAUGGAGGGCAAAGUGCAGCUCUUGAACUGUUACUAUGAAGCCUACCAGCAUACAGCAGGGACUGAGGAGAGAUUUGCACUGGCCCGAGUAAUCACUGACAUCAUGCACAGUAGACCACAGCUUGACCUAAACCAGGAUUAUUUUGUCCAGGCCUACAGGGCAGAGAUAGGCUGCCUGCAAAGCCACAGACAGCUGAUUAAAGACAUUCUGGACAAUCAGGUUGAAAGACAGCGACAGUACCUCCAGCGCAUCUGGAGAGCCAGCCGUAAUGUCUCGAAUCAUGACUACGGGCUUCCACCCAACUUCAUUCCCAAACAUCUGGUUUCACUUGGAGGCAGCAGCCCUGCCCUGAUGAAUGUAUUCCUACUGGAGGUUCACCCGUCCCUCUGCCUGGCCCCUGCAGUCUAUCAUGGUUUAAUCCAGGCUCACACUGAACUCUGUCAGCUGCACCGAGCCACAGCUGUCUCUGACAAACUCUUCCUAAGACAGAAACUCCUGCAGCAGGCCCUGCAGAGCUGGAAUAGUCUGGCUUCACUUGGACUCUGCUAUAGCUCUCAAGUACAGAAGGAUUUGUUCUCAGAUUUGUUUUUCGAAGACCCAAUUUUAGUUCAAAAGGUGGGGUUAUUAUUAGUAAGAUCCACAGAGGAGACAGACUUGAAGCAGGAAAGAGAGAAACAAUCGUUUGCAGUGGAAACUUUCUCCAAACUGCUGGAACUCGUCACCAUCCGGCAUCGGCUGCUGGAGUCAGCCUCGGAGACUGCACAUCUGGCACAGUUGUACAGAAAUGUGGCCUCGGAGUUUGGCGCUGAUGAGCUCCACCUUUACCUGAGACCGGUGCAGUUUGAAGUCGCUGAACAGAAAGACCAAACAGAGCAGAGGCCCGUUUUUAUCACAGCAACAGUGGAGGACGACAGCUCAGUGGACAAGUUCACCCCGUCCCACCUGCCUCUGAGCAUCCAAGAACUGGACGAGAACCAGAUUGGAAAGUUUAGUUUCAGCUCUGAAGAGGCAGUCGUUCACCUUAUGAACAAACAGAGUAUUGAAAACCUUCAGGUGACACUGGCCUGUCAGGUUACACAGAAGAACGCCUUGAUAAGUGCUGUGAAACUGGCUUGUCUUUGCUACUGGGCGGAGGAUAAGACCUCGUCAGCUGAGUCCAAAAAAGCCCUUCAUUCUAGCAAAGAUGUAAAAUCUACAAGAUCUGACUCCAAACCUGGAAGUGAAGCCAACAGUCUGCAGGAUUCCUCUUCACUCUCCAGAGGUUCCAUGAGAUCUCCCACCACCACCACCACCACUAAGAAAAGGCUGAUGGAGGCCUUUGUGUCCAUCCAGCUGGAAAAAGUUGGUGUGCGUGACAAGAUGCUGAAUUUGUUUUUGAAGCAGAAACAGGCCAUGGGGGAUCUUAUAAAAACCCCAGAAGAAGCAGCAAAGAUCAAAAGGACACUCAUAAUUGACUUUCUCAAUAAGUUCAGCACACAGAUAUCUCAGUAUUGUGUGAGAGCGCAGAUUGUUGCAUAUUACUACAGUCUAACCUCCCUUCUGGACGAAAUCCCGUCCAUCCGUCAGUCCCACUUUAUGAUUGGCCAAGCCAGUGAGGCCAGCGCUAUUUUGGAUUCAGGAGUUGGUGUUUGUCCUGACCCCAGGACCUUUCAGCGUCGGCCGCAGCAGUUGAUGUCUGUGGACGGCAAAACUCUCUGUAACCUAUGGUUCAUCCCCCACUGCUCUGAAGUGCUUCACAUGUUCAAAACACAAGAUGUUUCGGCAAGUGCCGAGGCUCUCCAUCACACUCUGCAGAUAGUCUCAGCUCUUCAUGACAUUAUUUAUUACCUGGUUAGUUUCUCCAGACUGGGAAACGCAGACAACUCCUGUAGCUGCAUAGGACGGGGGGCACCGGACUCGCAUCUUACAGCUGACUGGGGAGGCAGUGAAGGCAUUGGAGCAGAGCUGCUGAAGAUCCAGCAUCAGGUCGACCGACUGUCUAAUCCCAGCAGCCCGGAGUUUGUUGGCCGUCUGCUGCAGCUGCGCAGGCAGGUUCUCCUCCUGCAGUUUGAUACUGCUGUCAGGCACCUCAUCAGGGAGGCGUUCCUCUCUUCUGGUGAUGCUGCUGCUUUUCAGAGUGUGAGUGACAACAUGGCGACUGCUCUCCCUCUGCUCAGUGACAGUAUUCAGACUGAUGUGUUCAGUCUCACACUGCCUGUUCCUCAGCCUCUAGAGGCUCAAAGCUGUCAGGCACAGAUGAUGUAUCCAUGGAGGAGUUUUAUAGGCUGCCAUGGACUGCUCCCUCUGCAUGUCUGGGAUGUCCCACCCAUCGAAUACUGCAUGCAGCUGUGUCUAAGUGGCCUGAGUGAUCGCAGCAGACUGCAGGCCAACGCAGCAAUCCUCGGUGUGUCGCUUCUCAUGGAGGAUGUCCUGAACAGUGGGAGAGAGGCAGAGCCUGUUCGUCUCCAUGGCAACAAAGAUGACCUUCUGCAUGAUGGGAAACCUAAUGAAGGAGAUAAAAGUUGCUCGGAAGCUGAAAAAGAAGAGAAGACAACUUGUGUGUCAAGCUCCAACCCACCUCCUCAGGAUCCAGUUCAAGUCCAGUCUGUGCUGAAAGGUUUCCUCCUGCUGAUGAAGCAGCUUCAGGUCUUCAAGGAGAGUUGGGCUCGAAGACGUUUGGGUGUGGAGGUGUCCUGCACGCCCAGUCUGUAUCAGCAGACUGUGAAACUUUACAGGUGAGAAGCUCAGAAACAGAGGAUUUAUUACUUUCAGACAACUGUAAAUACAUUUGCAUGGCUUUUGUCAAUAAAUUUAACAUAUCAACCAGAUGUUUUUAUCCAUAGGCAACACAGUAUACUGAAGAUAAACCCACAAAG